AUGAAUGGCCAACCUACGGGUUCUAUUAUUCCACAGAGGGGGUUACGUCAAGGAGAUCCUUUAUCGCCGUAUUUGUUUAUACUUUGCACAGAGGUGCUGAUAGCAAAUAUUACAAAGGCUGAACGAGAGGAGAAGUUGACGGGUAUCACUAUUGCUCGUGAUAGCCCCACUAUUUCUCAUUUGUUAUUCGCUGAUGAUAGUCUCUUUUUCUGUAAGGCUGAAGUGUCUGAAUGUCGGACAGUGAUGAAUAUUAUAGUUGAUUAUGGUAGAGCCACAGGGCAAGAGGUGAAUCUGGAGAAAUCUUCAAUUAUGUUCGGUAAGAAGGUUCCACCUGAGACAAAAUCUCAGAUAAAAUCAGUUAUUGGCAUUUCCAAGGAGGGCGGUAUGGGCUCUUAUCUGGGUAUUCCUGAAAGUCUUCAGGGUUCGAAAAAUAAGGUUUUUAGCUAUGUGAAGGAUCAGUUGGAUGAUCGAGUUAAUGGUUGGUCUUCGAAGCUGUUAUCGAAAGGGGGCAAGGAAGUUAUGAUUAAAUCGGUGGCAUUGGCACUUCCUACCCAUGUUAUGUCAUAUUACAAACUACCGCAGGAGCUGACGUCUAAACUAACGAGUGCUAUUUCUACUUUCUGGUGGAAGUCUAACGAUAAGGCUCGUGGUAUGUGUUGGGUUGCUUGGGAUAAAUUAUGUAAAGACAAAGGCGAUGGGGGUCUAGGAUUCCGAGCCCUAGAACAGUUUAAUGAUGCUAUGCUGGUUAAACAGUUUUGGCAUCUAAUUCAACAUCCGACUUCCCUGAUGGCUCGGGUGAUGAAAGGCCGUUAUUUUAGGGAUAAGCAUCCACUUUUGGCAAAAAAACCGAAUAAUCCUUCUUUUGCAUGGAGGAGCAUUUACUCCACUAAGGAUCUAGUGGGACAAGGAGCGAGGUGGGCGGUGGGCUCUGGCUGCUCUAUCUCUGUUUGGCGGGAUCCGUGGUUACCGGAUGUCCGGCCCAGAUCAGCUAAUGGACGGGGACGUUUUCUGCUCCCGAGUUUGAUGGUGAAUCACUUAAUUAAUCCAAUUACGAAGGACUGGCAUUUACCUAUUUUACAGGAAUUUUUUCAUCCAAUGGAUAUUCCGAUUAUUUGGAGCAUGUCGGUGAGCAAAUACUAUAAACCGGAUCGUUUAAUAUGGCACUUCACCAAAUCGGGGAAGUACUCGGUGAAAUCGGGUUAUCGGUUAGCCCAUGAAUUAAUUACGGCAGUUAAAUACGGGCCUACGUUUUGGAAAGAUAGGAAUAGGAAAGUUUUUCAGGGCAUUCAGAGUGACCCGAGUGAUAUUAUAAACCAGGCGAAUAAUGACAGGCUACUGUGGGAGGAGGUCAAAUCUUUCCCGGGGAGUUAUGUACAUUCUUCGCCGUCUCAGGAGGUGAGGGAGCCCGUUCCACGAUGCCAGGUUGAUGGUUCAUGGAAAAGUUCGGACCCUUUCCAAGGUUUGGGCUGGUGGUAUUGUAAUGGGGAAGAAUUGACGCUUCUCUUGGGAGCACGAAGUCAUAGACGUGGCCCAAACCCAUUACACGCGGAGUUACAAGCUCUAAUAUGGGCCAUGGAAUCCUUGAUAGCGGCGGGUGUUGACUGUUAA